AUGCUGCGGAAGCAAGCGCUGAUCAAUUUGACCUUCUCAGUCCCCAAGAAUCGUAAGCCGAAAUUCGAUCUCACCCUGCGCAUCAUCGACUUGACCAAUAUCCCCUUGAUCUACGGAACCGCCUGUGUGAGGUGGCACCUCUCCUCUUCCAACGCCGCGGAGCACCGCGGGCGCACUGAGAAAGCCCCGAUCGAAGAACACAAGGCGACAUGGGACUACUGCAAGGAAAUACCGGUGCGUCUGACCAUCGACAAGACGGGCAUGCUCCAGGAGUGCGACAUCCACUUUGAAGUCCUCCAGGAGUUCCAUGAAGGCGGAAGAGGUGGUCGUGUACAUCUGGGCAAUGUGAAACUCAACCUGGCUGAAUACACUCAACUGCCCGACGCAUCACCGGCAGACCGUGACCCUCAAGAUGAAGCCGACGACGGAAGUAUCACGAGAAGAUACCUCCUGCAAGACAGCAAAGUCAACAGCACGCUGAAGAUUGGGAUUAGAAUGAGACAGACCGAGGGUGACACAAAUUUCAUCGCACCUCCACUGAGGUCGGCCAUGGUGGUAGGAGGCAUCGCUGGAGUUUUGACUACAGAGGCCGGCGAAGGAGACGACAUCCCUAGCAUAACCAGCAAGACGAGGGAAUUGUCAGAAGCCCAGGACAUUUAUCGAAGAACGCUGGCAGCGACGUGGGCUUGUCAAGCCGGAGAACUGCCUCCGGAUAAAUUGAUUGAGAAUCUGUUCGCUGGAGGAAACGGAGGACCACGGCCGCACUCGUCGGGCAAUAAGGCCAGCAACCAACAACAGCAAACACCCCAGCAGCAGCAACAACGGCCCCCGUUCGGUUCGCGCGAAGAGAACGGCAGCAGUUCCAGCGAACACGAGCACAGACGACCGGUUACUCCGCGCCAACUCUUGACACCCCAAGUAGCUGCUGGCGGCCAGAGCCCUCGCUACGGUCACCGACGCGGUUCCAGUCGAGAUUCUCCUACCCUGCAAACAGUUGCCGCGGGCGCCGUCAGUGGACGAUCAAGCAUCGAGCAACAGGUUCACGCCAGCCAGAAGGAGCUUCGCCGGCGUGAUCACACCAAUAAUCAUGAGUUUACCGAAUUUGAUCUCAGGGACGAUUUGCGGAGUUGGUCAGUCCGCGUAAGAUGA